CUUAUUGGACCAAAGUGCUGUGAAGCUGUGAGGAAAGUCCAGAGCGGGCCGCCCUCUGCUGCUCUGCUGGAGCCUCUUCUCUGGUUGGUCUGGCGGGAACCGUCCCGCGCUCUCCGCGGACAUAUAAGCGAGGCUGCUGCUGUUUGCGCCACACUUUCUCUGAGUCGACGCUGUAGAGAGAUCAUCCUGAAAAUGAGCGGACGCGGCAAAACCGGUGGAAAAGCCAGAGCUAAGGCCAAGACCCGCUCCUCCCGGGCCGGGCUCCAGUUCCCGGUCGGCCGUGUUCACAGGCUGCUGCGCAAAGGAAACUACGCUCAGCGUGUCGGUGCCGGAGCCCCCGUCUACCUGGCGGCGGUGCUGGAGUACCUGACCGCUGAGAUCCUGGAGCUGGCUGGAAACGCUGCCCGCGACAACAAGAAGACCCGUAUCAUCCCCAGACACCUGCAGCUGGCCGUCCGCAACGACGAGGAGCUCAACAAACUCCUGGGCGGAGUGACCAUCGCUCAGGGAGGCGUGCUGCCCAACAUCCAGGCUGUUCUGCUGCCCAAGAAGACCGAGAAGGCCGCCAAGUCCAAGUAAAGCCGCUGAACACAGCGACCCACUCAAAGGCUCUUUUAAGAGCCACCUACUCCUCUCACAAAGAGCAGCUCCUCUAUUAUUAUUAUAAUAAUAAUAAUAAUAAUAAU